AGCGUCAGCUGGGAUAAAAAUACAACAAUUCACCCCGAACACUCCGCUUGUUACUGAGACACGUCGUUGAUACGCCGACCGCCUGAAGGAGGAUCAGCAAACAUGUUCUACACCUGUGGUCCCAACGAGGCGAUGGUGGUUUCAGGCUUCUGUCGUUCUCCUCCGCUGAUGAUAGCCGGAGGCCGAGUGUUCGUCGUCCCCUGCAUCCAGCAGAUACAGAGGAUUUCCCUGAACACUCUGACCCUGAAUGUGAAGAGCGAUAAAGUCUACACCCGCCACGGAGUUCCCAUCUCUGUCACUGGGAUCGCUCAGAUGAAGAUCCAGGGUCAGAAUAAACAGAUGCUGGCUGCAGCUUGCCAGAUGUUCAUGGGGAAGUCGGAGCCGGAGAUCGCUCAGAUCGCCUUGGAGACUCUGGAGGGUCACCAGCGGGCCAUCAUCGCCCACCUGACUGUUGAAGAGAUCUACAAGGACCGCAAGAAGUUCUCAGAGCAGGUCUUCAAGGUGGCGUCCUCUGACCUGGUCAACAUGGGCAUCAGCGUGGUCAGCUACACGCUCAAAGACGUUCAUGACGACCAGGAUUAUCUGCAUUCGCUGGGAAAGGCUCGAACAGCACAGGUUCAGAAAGACGCUCGCAUCGGAGAAGCACAGAACAAGAGAGACGCUGUGAUCAGGGAAGCCCAUGCGAUGCAGGUGAAAGUGUCGGCUCAGUACAAGAAUGAGAUUGACAUGGCAAAGGCCCAAAGGGACUAUGAGCUGAAGAAGGCAGCCUAUGAUAUUGAAGUGAACACGAAGAAGGCUGAGUCAGAGAUGGCCUACCAGCUUCAGGUAGCAAAGACGAAGCAGCGCAUCGAGGAGGAGAAGAUGCAGGUCCAGGUGGUUGAGCGGACGCAGCAGAUCAUGCUGCAGGAGCAGGAGAUCACUCGCAGGGAGAAGGAGCUGGAGGCCAAGGUGAAGAAACCUGCCGAUGCUGAGCGCUACCGCUUGGAGAAACUGGCUGAGGCGCACCGCCUUAAGUUGAUCAUGGAGGCGGAGGCGGAAGCUGAGUCCAUAAGAGUUAAAGGUGAGGCUGAAGCGUUCGCAGUGGAGGCCAAGGGUCGUGCCGAGGCAGAGCAGAUGGCGAAGAAGGCUGAGGCUUUCCAGGAGUACAAGGACGGCGCCAUGGUGGACAUGCUGCUGGAGAAACUGCCUCUGAUGGCAGAAGAGAUCAGCAAGCCUCUGUGUGAAGCCCACAAAAUCACCAUGGUGUCCAGCGGCGGCGGAGAGGUUGGUGCUGCCAAACUGUCAGGAGAGGUUCUGGACAUCAUGACCCGGCUGCCUGACACGGUGGAGAAACUGACCGGGGUCAACAUCUCUCAGGUGAACUCUCGUACCGGCUGAAGAGAAUCAACCAAACCAGUGACCAGGCAGAUCUACCCUCCUUCUGUCUUAUCAGCUGCCUGGGUUCUCUGCAUGAGUCUCUUAUCACAGCUUAGUUUCUCUGCUCCCGUCCGCUGUUGUAGCAGUUUCUCCCAGCUGGUUUGUGAUGUUGCUGUGUUGUGAAAGCACUGUUUACUUUUCGUCUGUUUUUUUGUUGCUUAUUGAUACCCAGCUCUAUCUGAGCUAAAGCAUUGUGUUACUGUGGCUGCAGUUACAUUUAUGCUGGCUAUAUGCUCACACAUUCAACAUGAAGCAUUCAAAUGACAUCCAUCCAUCCAUUAUCUAUACACCGCUUAAUCCUCACUAGGGUCGCGGGGGGGCUGGAGCCUAUCCCAGCCGACUUCGGGCGAAGGCAGGAUUCAAAUGACAAUACUUCUUAUUUAGUCUUUUCAGUUUCGGGCCUGUGACAUGAUUCACACUCGCCUGCCUGGAUUUGAAUAUCUACAGACAAAAGCAACGAAUGUAACUGCAGUCACUAUGUGUCUUAGAUGAUUUUUUUUCUAACCUGUUUUUAUGUCAUUUUCAACCUUCUUCUGUCUUUGUCACAUUUUGUGUUUGUGUCACAAUAAUAAGAGAGACUUCAUUCGUCCUGUUUUACCCGAGUCUCCUCCCGCUGUCUGUCUACCUUUAAUGUCUCCUCCAUAACUGCCUGUGUCCACUGCCUUGCUGCCAAACCUUAAGUGCAUCUUAGCAUGAAAGUGUAAUACAAACAUGCAUCCAAAACCUUCAUGCACUAAUGCUACUAACAUUCAAUAUUCUGAUAGUAGACCAGAACCACAGCCUGCUGUUUUAGCCAUCAGUUCUUUUUCAUAAUUUAUUUCUGACUGAAUUCGUAUUUAAUCUAUGAAGGAUUUGGGAUAAUCGUUUUGUCAGUACGUACGUUUUUAAAACUGUCAUUGGUGGUUACAAGUUAACAGCUAGAAAACUGUGGUGCCGUCUGUAAAUUUCUAUGGCAUUGGUUUGUAUUAUAUAUUUUUAAAUCGGUCGUCUUUUUCAGUUUUAUAUAUGAUUUUUAGGAUUUUAGGAGUAGAGUUUCAUAAGGACCCUUUGCUUAAGGCAUACCAGUUCAUGCAUUAAAAAACUGUGUUUAAAUAUGACUGUAUGUGAUGCAUGUUCACUAACCCAACACAUCUUCAGUACAAUCUUUGCUGACUUCAUUAUCAUUACCAAGCACUCUGUAUCAUACACGAUUGUUAUCUAUCUGAGAUUUUUUUUUUAUUGUCGGAGUGCUGUGAUGGUCAUUUUACAUGCUACUGCUCUUUCUCGUAGAUCCUGACAGUGGUGGUAACGCAGGAAAAUUUGCUCAAUUUAUCGGCAUUGUACGUCUAGUACAUACUAAUCUAAAUAGAACGCUCUUAAAUCGUAAAUUCUUAUGACGCGAACUAUAAUAUUACCCUCAAAGUUCAUGGUUAAGAUUUUUAAUGCAGUGUAAAAAGCAGUUUCUUCAUAAUUUGAUGCUGUGUGUAAAUUCGCCUUCUUCUUGUCAAUCUUCAGCAUUGUGGUCUCUAAAAUAUAUCAGAUUGAGGCCUACCUGCAUCUUCUGGUUUCCUCGAGACUUUACCACCCUGCAGAUCAAUAAUAUAUACAUGUAUACCUUAAGUAAAGUGGUGCCUUUUGUGUUAUUGAGGCCAGUUAUGUAGCAGCUCCCAUAAAGCUGUAGCUUGUGAAACUAGAUUUAAAUGUAUGGUAAAGUAUAGCUUUAGCCUUAUAUUGUAGCCAUGGGAAUAACUCAGUGUAUUUAUGGGAUGAACUAUGUGUUAGUAUCACACACACUAGUAAAGCCUAAUGUGAAGAGAUGUGGGAAGCGAUGCUAAACUAUCAUGUUCUUGAAUGAUGUCAGCUUUAACUUCAGGGAACGGGAUGUUUAAGAUUUGACAGCCUGGAUCAGGAAUCCCAGAUUAGGGGUCAGAAAUAGAAAAAAAGCGAGAAGUUGCCGUCUUUUCUUCACUCUACUCUUCAUCUCUUUUGCUGUAAUAUUAUUUAUGUUCACCUUGUUUCUUUCUAAUUCAACAUAGAUAGCAAACAAUCUAUUAUAAGAAAGUGAAAAUCUCUUGUGAACUCAAUACAUCUGUCAUCCAGAAUGAAAUGCUGACGAAGGUUUAGGAGUUAGCUCCGAAGGGUGUCUGUAGUUCUUAUAAAGUGUCCUAACUUGCCUUACAUCAUAACCCAAUCACACUGUCACCCUCUACCUCACCAUCACCUCUGGGGCUGGGUAUUUAAAACAUUCUGUAAUGCAUCAAAUGGUACUUAAACACUCAAUAAUCUUACAAUAAUUAGAUAUUUGCUUUUCUUUGAUAUGUAGAGAAUUAAAUAGAUGUCUGGUUUUAUUUGAGCUGUUGUUACGGCGCUAUAUUUAACCAAGAAUGUUUCAUUUUUUUCACCUCCAGCCCUGAACACAUCACUGUUUGUCUGAUUGUGACUUCUCUGCACUGCUGAUUACAGCCAAAUGUACUGUAACGGCUCUCUGAGGGUGCAUUUGAACACUGUUGUUAUAUUAUGCAUGCGUCACUACCUGUCACAGUUUAACUGUAGUAUAGUAUUGCAAAUGCAUACGUUUUCAGUCAGGACACAGUGCGCAACUUCUCUGUGAAGUUACCAAAACAAUAGAUUACCUGUUGGUUAACUAUAGAAAUGUGAACUUUGUGUUUCUGAAGUGUUUGAAGUGCAAUGAUGCUGAAGCGGCACUACGUAUGGAUAUAGAUGUAUUUAUACAGUAUAUAUUUGAUAUUUGAUACCGUAUCAGUGUAGCAGUAUUUGCUUCACAAGUCACCAUUAACAAGUCUACUAAUCCACUAACAGGAGCUCCAGUGUUUCAUUACACAUGUAAUAAAGCUGUCGGCAGUUUAUUAGGGUUUUCUGUGUUAUUUCAGCUUAGUGGUGAAGUUCUGCCAAAAUGACCUCUUUGUUGCAUUUUAAUUCCUGUCUGUGCACUUCAGGAAAUUAGUGUUCCAGGAAAAUGUUAUUCUGCAAUCCUGUUCACAGUAUACUUGUCAUUAAAUUGCAAAAUGUGAACCACUUAUGUCUUUACUGUUUCUGUGAACUGAAUGAUUUUAAAUCUGCUCCGUGUCUUACUUUGCUUGUGUAUUAUAUUCUGUUUACACAUCUGAUUUUUGCAUGUUACGUUUUGUUCUGGUUUUUGUUUAAUUUUUUCAUCACUGUUCUAAUAAACAGAGUUUUUCCAGAAACA